AUGUCGCACUACGUGUUUCACGAGCAGGCGGACCUGACGCUGACAAAGUUCAAGGAGCUGUUGGGCCAGGGCGUUGUCCGGACGAUAGACCUCGGGGGGCACACCCUGGAAUGCCCGGAAGGCGAGGUCGUGUGUCUGAGCCGCGAGAUGGCCGUUUCGAACGGCACGAUUCAGUGCGCCGGCUUCCGACAGAGGCUCUUCGGGCGCAGGAACUCGGUGUCGACGCUGCUCGUGGGCCUGCGCAUCAAGGGCAACCGCUGCAAGCUGGACUCCGUGACCGUCACGGGGCUCGGGGGGGACUCCGUGGCGGUCGUGGUGGACAAGGCCGAGGGCGUGCAGCUGAUUGACUGCACCAUCACGGGGAACGAGGGGACAGGGCUGAUGGUGUUCGGCAGGGGGGCGACGGCGAUCGUGCGGAACGGCCGGUGCACGCGGAAUCGGCGGUCGGGGCUGGUGGCGAUGGCGGGCGGUCGCUGCCUCGCGCAGGGGCUCGAGGCGGACGACAACGGCACGGGGGUGACGUGUUUCCUCGAGGGGUCCGUGGUGGCGAUGGAGAACGGGUCCCUGGAGAACAAUCGCACGAACGGCGCCUUCGUGUUCGGCGGCGGCGUGAUGAAGCUCAGCGGGGUGCGCGUCGCGGACAACGGCGGGGAGGGCGCGGCAGCGUGGGACGUGGGGACGCUGCUGGAGCUGGAAGACCAGUGCGAAAUCACGCGGAACGGGGGCUACGGCCUGCACGCGGCGCGCGGCGCGCAGGUGCUCGUGUCGGGGGCCCUGGGGCUGGAGGCGAACGUGAAGGGCAGCAUGCGGGAGGCCACGCGCGGAGAGAUUCUCGGCGCGGAAUCUCGCGGGAAGCCAGGCGUGAUAUCGGCGAAUUCCGCGAUCAGCGUGAUUCCGCGCGGGCCAGCGCAGUAUAUGUCCAGCAGGAGCAUCGCGCCGGAGCCGGGCGCAUCCACGGCCGACACGAUUCGGAAGCUGGAGAUCGAGGGGCGCGCGGAGUCGAGCGUGGGAGGCGCACGCAGCCUGCGGCACGACACCACGUUGGACAACGGGGCUGCCGACGACGCGCCGGAAACGUCUGAAGCACACUCGUAG